GCACCUCGAGCAACUCUCCGGCAGUGUACCCCAAAAUUCCUUACUCGCGGACUUGACCACCGCACUCCACGACGUUGCCACCGAUUGGCAACCCUCCAUCGCCCUCGCCGAAGCCGUACUCGACCUCGACGCCGCUCCCCGCGAAUUCCUCGUACAAGCCGCCUACCGGGAAGAACUCGGAACUCUACAACGGGAACUCCAGGACGUCCGGGACCAAGUCCGGGACUGUCACGCGCACAUGAACGACUUGUGGGCCUCCACCACCGGCAACGCCCAAGCCACGGUCAAGCUAGAAACAGCCGACGACGGUUUCCUCUUUCGACUCACCAACACCAACGACACCAAACUCUUGCAGAAUCAACUCGGGAACGUGGUGCAAAUCCACAAACUGCUCAAAAACGGCGUCUCCUUCUCCACCAAGGAACUCCGCCAGCUCGCCACCGCCCAGCAGGAUUUAAUGGCCGAAUACGAUCGCCAGCAAAAAGUCGUCGUCCAAGACGCCCUCAAAGUUGCCGCUACCUACAGCGUCGUACUCCAACGCGCCUUUGACGCCGUUGCCACCCUCGAUGUCCUAGUCGGACUCGCCCACCAAGCCGCCUACAGUCCCCACGGAUACUGCCGACCCACUUUGAUCGACGGCGACGACUGCGCCGGUCACGGCAUUCAGCUUCAAGGCGCACGCCAUCCCUGCGUAGAAGUACAGGAAUCCGUCUCCGACUAUAUUCCCAACGACGUCGAUCUCACCCACGACCGUUCCAACGUACUCCUCGUCACGGGCCCCAAUAUGGGUGGUAAGAGCACGUACAUUCGCGCCGUCGGUGCGAUUGUCCUGCUCGCGCAAAUUGGGGCCUUUGUGCCCUGCCAAUCGGCCACCAUUCACAUUCGGCACCACAUUCUCGCCCGCGUUGGGGCCGGAGACUGGCAAGAUCAGGGCAUUUCCACCUUUUUGGCGGAAAUGCUCGAAUCGGCCGCCAUUUUGCGGACCGCCACGGCCCGAUCGCUCAUCAUCGUCGACGAACUGGGGCGCGGCACGAGUACGUUUGACGGAUACGGCCUGGCCCGGGCCAUUGCCGAAUAUAUGGUCCGGAACGUUGGUAAUCUUUGUGUCUUUGCCACUCACUUCCACGAAUUGACCAGUCUGGCCGACGUCUUUACGAACGUUCGGAACUGUCACGUCACGGCGCAGCGGGACGUGCAGGGGUUGACCUUUCUGUAUCAGAUCCAACCCGGUCCGUGUCUAGAGUCCUUCGGCAUUCAAGUCGCCGAGCUGGCCGGCGUACCCGCCGUCGUCGUGCAGGAUGCCCAACGCAAGGCGCGAGAACUGGAA